AUGAAAAUGACGGAAGCUUGGAUUCGAGCAGUCGUUGAAGCCAUCCACUCCACCCCUUCUCAGGCCGUAAUUUAUCUCUCCGGCGGCGCGUCUCAGAGUCUCGGGUUGUUGAUGUCCGUCCCCGGCGCUACCUCUACAGUUCUUGAAGCUCUGGUGCCAUACUCGAGAGUCUCCAUGGUUGAUUUGCUCGGAAAGAUUCCUGCAAGUUACUGUAGCCAGCAAACAGCCGAGGAGAUGGCUUUGUUGGCUUACAACCGGGCUCUUAAGCUCUCUUCCCCUGGUGCUCCUGUUGUUGGUGUGGGAUUCACUGGAUCUCUAGCAAGUUCACGUCCAAAACUUGGGAAUCACAGGUUUCAUUUAUCUACAAGAACAUCUAACCAACUUUACGCGUCAACAGUUACAUUGUCAAAGGGAAUACGAACUCGAGAGCAGGAAGAUACAGUUUCAAGUCAAUUCUUACUGAAGGCCUUAUCAAAAGCAUGCAGAGUUGUCCAGCAGACAACCGGUUCUCCCUUAUCUGAAUCAGACUCAUUGAAUGAACUUGAAAAACAGUUCACAGAAGAUGAAGAGCUACAGCAAGUUAUAGACGGUCAAAUAUGCUUCAAGAUAUACCCAUUCUCAGCUCCGCCAAAUGCUGAGAGGAAGAUCAUACUUCCUGGUUCUUUUAACCCUUUGCAUGAUGGUCACCUCAAGCUUCUGGAGGUCGCUACUAGCCUUUGUGGCAAUGGCUAUCCGUGCUUUGAAAUAUCAGCGAUAAAUGCAGACAAACCUCCCCUUACUGUUUCCCAAAUCAAAGAUCGGGUGAAGCAGUUUGAAAGAGUUGGCAAAACUGUAAUCAUUUCUAACCAGCCCUAUUUUUAUAAGAAGGCUGAGCUCUUCCCUGGCAGUGCUUUCGUCAUUGGUGCCGAUACAGCAGCAAGGUUGAUAAACCCCAAGUAUUACGAUGGAAGCUAUGAAAAGAUGCUUGAGAUCCUUGGAGCAUGCAAAGCAAGAGGAUGCACUUUUCUUGUGGGUGGUCGAAGCACCGAUGGUGUUUUCAAGGUUCUCGAGGACUUGGAGAUACCGGAGGAGUUGAAGGACAUGUUUGUGCCGAUACCAGCUGAGAUGUUCCGCAUGGAUAUUUCGUCCACUGAAAUAAGGAAGAGUCGAGGGAUGAUGUGAAGAACUUGAUGCAGAUGCUACUCCACAUGUCUUCUGCAGUUUGCAGUAAUAAAAGUUUUUGUCCAUGCCCUUUCGUUGUACAGGUAGUUUUCGAGUUUGGAUUUCGGGUCCUCUAGUAAAAGUGCACACAGUGAUGAGAUGAGUUCAGAUUUGUAAGCUAUGCAGCUUUCACCCUUGCUACCGAGAAUUCAAGCCCUCAAAUGAGUAUGGAGUUGUUUGAUUAAGGAAAUGGCUACCCCGUGUUGCAGCUGACGAAAAUGACAGCAUGUUGCAAAGUUCAGAAACUCAACCGAGUUCGGUGACAAAAAAGGGACAUAGCUUAAAUUGUAAAGAUAUGUGGCAUUGAAAUAGGUCUACCAGCCAUUCAACUUGCAGCUGACGAUGUCGGUGUACUUGAGCAUGGUCUUUGCUUCAAAGUUUUAGUUUUGCAACGGUCGACCUAUGUUAUAGUUCUGCAUGUGUUCGCAAUUUAAGCAACUUGCUAUCUAGAACGUCCUUUUGUUCUUGAGUUGGAUGAGCUUAUGCAAUGUAUAUGUAUGAUUUAACCUAGGCUACCGUACAUCUACUAAAUCCAGCGUGAAAUUAUGGAAAAUGUGCUUGAGAUUAUCGACA